GGGGAAGGCGAGUUAGCCGCUAUCUUCACGGCCAGGCCUUUUUGUGCAGAUACAGCUGGGUUCUCCACGCCACCGUCUAAAUUGGGUCUGGUGGUUGGCUUCGGCCCGUAUUGUUCGAACAAACUAGUUUCGUCCUCCGCUGCUACCUUGGCUGCCCAUCGCCUUUUUUGUUUAAAAGGCCCAUCUUCUCCCCGCCACGAUUCUUGCAAUUGGCCUCCAUCCAUCUCCUCAUCUGUUUUAUUAUACCCUUUUUUACCUCUUCCCCUUCUAAUUCCCCUCUGUCAUCAUGGCUCCUCUCAUGAACGCCCUCCUGCCCCUCCUCGUGGCUACCUUGGCCACUGCCUCGCCCAUGGGCCAGAUGGUCACCAAGCAGUCCCUUGCUGCCAUCCCCUCGGGAUGGGAGCUCAAGGCUGCUGCCCCUGCUGAGCACAAGAUCGACCUCCACAUCCGUCUCCGUGAGGAGAACCUCGAUGCUCUUCGCCAGCGCACUCUUGACGUCAGCACCCCCGACCACCCCGACUACGGCAAGCACUUGACCAAGGAGCAGGUCGAUGCUCUCGUUGCUCCCACCAAGGAGACUGUCGAGUCCGUCUCCAAGUGGCUCGCUAGCCACGGUGUCGAUGCCGGCAAGGUCGAGUCCGGUUACCUCUCCGUCACCGUGAGCGUUGACCAGGCCAAGCAGCUCUUUGACGCCGACUACGCCGUCUACAAGCACGAGUCUGGCCGCGAGACUGUCCGUACCACCAAGUACAGCCUUCCCCGCGACCUUCACAGCGCCAUUGCCAUGGUCCAGCCUACGACCCUCUUCUCCAACACCAACAACGGCCACAAGGCCUUCAAGCACACUCCCAGGGACACCAAGGAGAGCCGUGCUGCCGACGCCGCCGACGCCGCCAACCCUUGCAGCAAGGGCCGUAGCACUCCUGACUGCCUCCGCUACAACUACAACGUCAGCGGCUACACUCCUUCCAACAAGACUACCAUCGGUAUUGCUGGCUACCUCGAGGAGGUCUACAGCGCCGAUGACCUCUCCUCCUUCCUCCAGGAGUACGCCACCAGCGUCCCUUCUGACUCCUCCCCCGCCAUUGUCAGCAUCAACAACGGUGGCACCGACCCUAGCGGUGAAGGCGAGGCUGAUCUCGAUGUCCAGAUCACUGUUCCUCUGACCUACCCCGUCACCAACGUCUACUAUUCCACUGGUGGCAGACCCCCCUCCAACUACCCCGCUGGUACCAACAACACCAACGAGCCCUACCUCGACUGGCUCCAGUACAUGAUGAAGCUGGACAGCGUUCCCCAGACCAUCACCACCUCGUACGGUGAUGAUGAGAGCACCGUCCCCACCGACUACAUGGACUCCGUCUGUGACCUCUUCAUGAAGCUUGGUGCUCGUGGUGUCUCCCUCUUCGUCUCUGCCGGUGACUCCGGUACUGGUUCUUCCAAGGUCUCUUGCCCCAACGGCAAGCUCACCAAGUACAUGCCUUCUUUCCCUGCCUCUUGCCCCUGGGUCACCACCGUUGGCGGUACCUACAAGUACGGCAGUGCUGAGCAGUCUCACCCCGAUGGUGGUUCCGGCUUCUCUACCCACUUUGACCAGCCCGCCUACCAGGCCGACGCUGUCAACGCCUACGUCAAGAGCCUCAACGGCCAGUUCAGCAGCUACUACAGCGCCAAGGGCCGUGCCUACCCCGACGUUGCCGCCUCGUACACCCCCUACCCUUCGUGGCACGGCGGCUUUGAGGGCCUGACUGGCGGUACCUCUGCUGCUUCCCCCACCACCGCCUCCAUCUUCGCUCUCGUCAACGACUACCUCGUCUCCAAGGGCAAGGCUCCUCUUGGCUUCCUCAACCCCUGGUUGUACAAGACUGGCAAGGCUGGUCUGCGUGAUAUCGCCACUGGUCACACCAACGUUUGCGGCAGCACCACUUCCUUCCCCGCUUCCAAAGGCUGGGAUGCUAGCAGUGGUUGGGGUGUUCCCGACUUUGGCAAGCUCAAGAGCCUUGUUUAAGCGACGAGAGCUUUCCAAAAACGAAGAAAAUGUAAAACAAGAAAAACUCGACGAUAUUUAAUGCAGUUCCAUUUGUACAUGUCUAUAUACACACAACAGUAAAUAUAUACCAAUACACAGUACAUUAUCAAUUCAAUC